UGAAAGCGAGUGAAGAAACAAUGAAGCGCUGUUGUUUUCCGAGCGGCAUUAUGUUAGGGGACUGCAGUGCAUGUUUUUCAUCCCAUGUCAAACUGGCUUGCUUUUUUUGUAUGCGUAUGGCUCAGAUUUGCGGCUGCUAGAGAGGUUUUUAAAGGGGACAUCAAUUUUUUUUAUUUUUUUUUUAUUUGCGGAUUGCUUUUUGGGUUCGAGAAUUUCUUUUCCCCCUGGGUUCAAAGUGGAAUAUUCCAGGUGGAAUAUUGGCAAAUCUACAGGAGGGAUCUCAAAGACAAGGUUUUUCCAGUAUGAACCGGGCUUUUAACAGGAAAAAAGAUAAAUCCUGGAUGCACACUCCAGAUGCGCUGGCAAAGCAUUACAUACCCUACAAUGCCAAGUUUCUUGGAAACACAGAAGUUGACCAACCGAAAGGCACAGAGAUUGUUAAGGAAGCAGUUAGAAAGUUAAAGUUUCAAAGGCACAUCAAGAAGUCAGAGGGACAGAAGACACAAAAAGUGGAAUUACAAAUCUCCAUUUACGGAGUGAAGAUCUUAGAUCCCAAGACAAAAGAUGUCCAGUACAACUGCCAGUUGCAUAGGAUAUCCUUCUGUGCAGAUGACAAGACGGAUAAAAGGAUAUUCACCUUCAUCUGCAAAGACUCCGAAUCAAACAAACACCUCUGCUACGUGUUUGACAGUGAAAAAUGUGCAGAGGAGGUAACACUCACUAUUGGCCAGGCGUUUGACUUGGCCUACAAGAAGUUCCUCGAGUCUGGUGGGAAAGAUGUGGAGACACGGAAACAGAUAGGAACCUUACAGAAAAGAAUUCAAGAACUGGAAACGGAAAAUUCUGGGCUUAAGAAGCAGCUUUGGGAACUGGAAGAGCAAUUGAUGAUUGCUCCUGUACCACCACAGCUGCACAUAAACUCUACUAACGAGGCCUACAUGCUCUCAAGACCCUCCUCGCUCUUCUGGUGUCACAAUCUGACGUCCUUCUCGUGUCUCGAGAUCUCCUCGGUCACACUCACCCCUAUGAGCUCGCCCGAGUCCAACCUCUCGGCAGGCCUACUAACCCCUCCUCCGGCUAAGUCUGCUCUCCUCCCAAAGCCUGCCGAUGGGUGCAGCAUCCCGCGGCCUCGCGCUGGCAGCAUCUCCUUGAAACCUCCGAUGUCCACAGACGUUUUUGACAUGGUUCCCUUCUCUGCUGUCACACCCCUGGUGCCAAUUCCCGCAAGCAACGGCACACCCCCUCCCCCCACUACAACAUCUCCUCCAGACACGAGUAAAGACCUUUUUGGAGCGGAACCUUUUGAUCCAUUCACCUGUGGGCAAGCCGACUUCCCACCAGAUAUCCAGUCCAGGCUGGACGAGAUGCAGGAGGGGUUCAAAAUGGGACUAACCCUAGAGGCCACUGUCUUUUCUCUUGAGCCACUAGGCGGUCGCUGCUGAUGCAAAGAAGACAUGUUUGUGUUACAUACUGUAAACUCAUUUGUAUUAAAAAACUGCCAGAAUUGGGUCUACAGUCAAGAUGUCAAUGUUCUUCUAGUCCUUGAGGUUUAUAUGUAUUUGCAUAUGAAUUUGGUUUUAGAAUAUUCAAAAGGUAAUAUUCAAAUCUGAUAAAGAAAACACUAUUUUUCUAAGAACUGAUAUGGGAAGGAGUAUUUUUGAGACCCCUUGCUUUUAAAGGCAACGAAGGAUGUAAAUAGUAUGUCCAAUGGUAUACUCUGUGGCAGAGUUUUCAUAUACAUCUUAUGUUGUAGAAUCUGCUUAAUUGAAUAUACACCACUUAGAUCAACGCUGUUAUUUGUCUGUUAGACGUAAUGACUUGCUCACCAUCAACUCACAAGACACGGAAAUGUAGUUGGUCUUGUAUUACCACUCAUGUACCUAACUCUCAGCUUGUCCUUAAUUUGACCAUUUGAAAAUUUCCUCUUAUUUUUACUCAUUUUAUUUUUAGUGUAAUUAGUUAUGUUUUGACCUGACAUUUUAACUGAUUUAGUUGUAUUGUCUCAUUAAACAUUUUAACAGGUGCAUUUUACAUAUCGGUAUGUAUUGCCAGGGAUUUACUUAAGAUACAUGUCAGUGUUCUCUUGCACCAGAAAGCACUUUUGAAAACCUCUGUCGGUGCUUGUUCUUUUACUUUGCUGUUAGUUAUUAAAGAAAACAUUACUGCA